AACAGCCGCACUACAUGUUCUCAGAUCAGGGAGACCCCGGUCUGCCCCUGACUAACUUGUACUCUCUCGAUCUUUAUUUAAAUGUGCUCCGUCGCUGGGUCCUACCUCUGCCACCACCAGCACCAGCAGCGGCAGCGGCAGCGCUGCUCCUUGAUGUUGUGGUCGGGAAUACGCAUGCGCCCGGCAUUGGAAUUACUGCACUGGCAAGAAUAAGUUGGACCUCGUCUGUCUUCACUAAAAGAAAUAAACACACAUCCUAAGUAUGGCAGUGUUCAGAAUAAGAAGAAUGAAGUGUUUCAGCAUGUGGUCGUUGCCCCUCGUAGUGGCCGUGGUGUGCGCCCAAAGUGCCAGUGUCAGUGACCCUAGCAAUAUGUCUUUGGUCAAAGAAACGGUGGAUAGAUUGUUGAAAGGUUAUGAUAUACGAUUGAGGCCAGAUUUCGGAGGUCCUCCUGUUGGUGUGGGGAUGAAUAUAGACAUAGCCAGUAUAGACAUGGUAUCAGAAGUCAACAUGGACUACACAUUGACAAUGUACUUCCAGCAGGCCUGGCGAGACAAGAGGCUGUCCUACUCUGAGAUCCCUCUCAAUCUGACCUUAGAUAACCGGGUAGCUGACCAGCUCUGGGUUCCCGACACCUACUUCCUCAACGACAAGAAAUCGUUUGUCCACGGAGUGACAGUGAAAAAUAGAAUGAUUCGACUCCACCCGGAUGGGACAGUUCUCUACGGUCUAAGGAUCACCACCACUGCUGCAUGUAUGAUGGAUCUGCGGCGGUAUCCACUGGACGAACAAAACUGCACGCUUGAGAUAGAAAGUUAUGGUUACACUACAGAUGACAUUGAGUUCUACUGGCGUGGAGGAGACAACGCUGUGACCGGGGUGGACAAGAUAGAGCUGCCGCAGUUUUCCAUUGUAGACCACAAACUCAUCUCCAAGAAUGUUGUCUUCUCAACAGGUGCUUACCCUCGACUCUCUCUGAGUUUUAAACUGAAGAGAAACAUCGGCUACUUCAUCCUGCAGACGUACAUGCCUUCUAUCCUCAUCACCAUCCUCUCCUGGGUCUCCUUCUGGAUCAACUAUGAUGCCUCUGCUGCCAGAGUUGCCCUCGGUAUCACCACGGUGCUCACCAUGACUACCAUUAACACCCAUUUGAGGGAAACCCUCCCUAAAAUCCCCUAUGUCAAGGCUAUCGAUAUGUACCUCAUGGGGUGCUUUGUCUUUGUCUUCUUGGCCCUGCUGGAGUAUGCUCUGGUCAAUUACAUCUUCUUUGGACGAGGUCCUCAGAGGCAGAAAAAGGCAGCUGAGAAGUCGGCGACUGCCAACAAUGAAAAGAUGAGGAUGGAUCCAAACAAGUGGCUGGUGGGGAAUGUGGUGGGCAGAGACGAUACUUUGUAUGCAAGAAUGAAGCAACGGGAUCUUGACGGUCAUGACUCCAUGUGGGAGCCCAUCUUUGUGGAUGAUGCAGCAAUAGGACUCGGUGAUCAGAAAAAUAAGAUGGACCAGCAUGAAAACAUCCUGUUGAGCACCUUGGAUAUCAAAAACGACAUGGGCAUAUCAGAGUUGGCGCUUGGGCUUAAUGACCCGCGAAACACCAUGCUCACAUACGACAGCUCCACUCUUCAGUACCGUAAAGCAGGGCUGGCCAGGCACAACUUUGGCCGAAACGCACUGGAACGCCACAUGACUCAAAAGAAGAGUCGACUACGGAGACGCGCCUCGCAGCUUAAAAUCACCAUCCCAGACUUGACUGAUGUAAACUCUAUCGACAAGUGGUCGAGGAUGAUCUUCCCAACUGUCUUUUCCUUCUUCAACAUUGUUUACUGGCUUUACUAUGUUAAUUAAAAUGAGAACAGGGACAUCAGCGAAGGCAAGAACCACAAAACAUGUUACUCAUUUCUUGUUUGUAUCCAGUUUGUUUCAUUUCUGUGUGAUCCGGACUGAAUUGCUAUAUUCAGGAUUCAAUCAUCAUAUCUUGGAACACCACAUUUGCUGGCUAACACAUGAAUCCUUAUAGAAGAGAGAUUACAAACAUAUAAGGUGCCUGUUCCUGAGUAAUUGUUAAAAAUUUUACAUAUUGUGUGAGUUGUGUAUCUUGCCAUUUUUAAUGUUUGCGUUCAUAUUUUAUAUAUGUGUAUUUUUUUUUUCUGUUAAAUUUACAGGAUAGAAUUGUUUGCCAAAAUAUCAGUUAGGUGCAAGUUCACAAGAUGAUGUGUCAAGCUGUAAAGCCAAGAGUAAAGGACCGUAUGCAGCACUGUGACUGGCAUUACUGGAAAUACUCAAAUCAGUGUCAGGUCAACAGGGUCCGAUUAUUAUGUCAGGGCAACAAAAUCCAUUGUUCUAGACUGAAAUUCAUAGUAAUAUUAGGGGGGCAUGCUGUCCACAGGAUCAUAGAAAGAGGGACUGUGGAGAAAAAAAAUCAUAUCCUUUUUCUGUUACUGUAAUGUAAUGGGGACUCAGUAAUACACAUUUAUUAGCAUUUCAAGAACAGAAUUGCAGUACAAACUGAAAUCAUUCCAACACAUUAUUAUUAUUAUUAUUAUUAUUAUUAUUAUUAUUAUUAUUAUUAUUAUUAUUAUUAUUAUUAUUACUACUCCAAAGCACAUGUACACAGGAUAUAUUUUAAGGAGGACCUUUCCAGAGAAUUUGCCUCCUUAAGUGGCUGUGUAUGUAAAUAUCACUUGUUAUCAGUUUUUUUUAGACAUGUCUUUAUCACACCGAUAAAAAUGUUCACUACCGCUGAAAAGGCACUUUAGCUCUGACAGUUCCUUCUUGGUUCGAGGCAUACAGUACAACAACUACAAUGCAUUUGUCGGUCAACAAAAAGACCAGAAUGCAUGAAAAAAAGCACAAGAAUUUUCGAUUUUGUGGCACCUUUAUUUUUUUUCCUUUAUUUGAGUAUGUGCGCAGAUGAUAUUUUCCAGUGAUCUUCAUUGGUGCAUCUGCCUCCCGGGCUCGAUUACAACAGUGAAGUAUUGUUUUUUUUUAGAUUGGAAUACGAGUAGAUGGUCAUAAAGUACAGAUGAUUACAGGUUAUUUACUUAUGAUGCUGUGCUUGUGACCGUAUUUACCCAGGUAGGUUUUAUAAAACUUUUUGCACACAAGUACUUCGAAGCCAUAGAGGCUGUACCGUAGUUCUUCUAAUACCUGGUGCUUUUCGGGUUUGUCUGACUGUGAUCGGUUUACCCUCGCAAAGGUCGAAUCAAUCUACAUAUCCCCAUCACAGUGGGUUUACAAGUCUCUUUACAAAUGAACUCUGGUGUGAUGGUCACUUAGUAUCUGCCUACACAAAUAAAUCAUUUGCCACAAAGUGUGAACUAAACUGCCCUUUGAAACUAAUGUUGGUGAAGCCGAUAGUUAAAGCUGGUUUGUAGUGUAUUUAGUGACAAAUUCGGCAAAUUCUGCUAUAAAAGUGACUUCUGUCAUCAUGAGGUACGUAGUGGAUCAAACAAGAAUUUUACUACAUAUUCAGAUAACACAAAUGAGUCAUUUUUUCUGUAAUGUCAUUUAUUUUGAUUGUGGAGGUGUGAGUUAACACUUGAAGAUUGAUAUUUUAGUUGUCUAUUUAAAAUGUAGCCACAUAAAUGUGUUACUGCAUGCUCUAUUCAGUAGUAUUUCCUUGUUAUUCUGUUUUUCAAUCACUUUCAUGGCUCGCAUAAAUAGUUUUAUUCACACCUUUUUUCCUUAACCCACAUAAAAAAAUGAGCAACCAUGUAAUUACGAUUUUAUGUUUGUUAGUCAUGCUAAUACGGAUGGUGAUUAUUAAAAUGAUAUAUUAACCCUUUUUUAGCAACCCACUGUUAUCUAAUUAAAAAAAAAAUAUAUAUAUAUAUACAUAUAUAUAGAUUUAUCUGAAGCGCACUGCCCAUUCCCUGUCACAUUACGUGAACACUGUUCACAGCUGUAACUUACAAAACAGUCUAGCUCAGUUUGAUAUUAUCUGAUAUUUACACGACAUGUUUAGCUGUAGCAUUUACACAGCACACAGUGAGUAAAGGGAUAUGUUUCACUGUAUUGUAUCUGUGAUUUUUCACCAGGGUUCGUCUCAUCUUUAUUUUUUAUCAUACUUUCUUCAGAUUUUUUUUUUCUUUUUGUACACACAUGUAAAGGGACUGAGCCUCGACUCUAAAUCAUAUUACAAAUAUUAUUACUACUACUAUUACUAUUAUUAUUGGCAUAGGCACAUUUCCUUAUGUAAAAGGAUGCGCUGAACUUCAACUGGGGAUCAUUUCCAAAGUAGUAUAUAUUUAAUAAUUAAGCAUGUAUAUAUCAGAUUAUCAGAGUAUUACUCAUCAAUUGGUACCUAUUAUUCCUGUAAAUAAAUAUGACCUCUCAACAGAAAAGACUAAAGACACUAAUAUAGCUUAUACUGUAACGUAAAGAGAAUGCAAAAGCUGAUAUGAAACCAUGUAAAUAGACAGUUUCAAUUUUACAGUAUCACUUGAUCAUUUAGCGAUAUUGUCAUAUUAUUAGUUUUCUUUCUGCUCUAUUGGUCAAAGAAUAUUUCUUUGUUUUUUGCCAAAAUGUAACACGUAUUCAUGAAUGUAGUUGCUAUUAUUUUGCAGCAUGUAAUUGCUGUAAUGUGUCAGCAAAUGUGUAACAUUUCUUUGCACCGAUGAUCAGCUGAAUACAUUAUGAUAUACACUACCUAUUAAAACACACACAUACACACAGUGAAACAGAGGCUGAGGCCUCUAUCAGCCCAAAUUUAACUCAUCUCAGGUUAGCACAGUUUACACUACACAGAACACUACGAUCACAGUCCACAAGUUCAUACCCAGAGUUGUCCUUAAGCGAGCUUGUUUCAGAUAUUUAAUCUCUAAUUUCUUUAGUUUAAGUCCCGUAUUUCCUUUUAUAGUUGGCAAAUAAGCCAGAAGUAAGCAUUUUCAAUAAGGUACUUCACCUCAGCCUCAGAUAAAUCUGAAUCUACACAAUAUAAAAAGUAAUGUAGAAACAGUAAAUAUAUUUAAUAAUCAUCAGAAUAUUAUUAUUACUGUAUAUGGUAUGCUAUGAUGUGCUUGAGUAUGAGUAGUGGAUGUAUGUUGGCCAGAUAGUACAGUGUUUCCAAAGCACACGGCAACUGGCAAGAAAGGUCUGCUUCAUAACUUCUACACUUUUAAUAUGUGUUUGUACUUCACAGCGCUUUUUUGUUUCAUAUAUUUUUAUACUUCUAUACUCCGUGAAAAAAGAAAAAAAAAA